AUUUGCCCGGGCCCCUGACGAUGCGCCCCCCCCGCCGGCCCUGCCCGAAGCCCUGCUUUCCACGGGUCGCCUCCGGGGGCUGGAUCCGGGAAAGAGCUGCCCCAGCUGGGCAGCCAGGCGGGCCCCGCGCGGGAGGCUGCCGGCCGACGUGUGGAUUAUCCCGUGCAAAUCUCUUUACUGCGAAUCAUCACAUGGUUCGUUUAAGUGGCUUGUUGCCUGCAAACCUCUCCGCGAGCAAUUAGCAGUACAAGGAAGGGGGUUUGUUAUGCCCUUUAAAGGGAAACCAACUGUCUGCGACGAAGUUGGACCUGGGGGAAAUUGGAAAAAAGCGUGACAGAGGCAAGGAUCCAGAAAAAGAAGCUUGUGGAACUUGAAGGAGGAGAAGAUAUCUAGACUUUCAACUGAUCAGUAUGAUCCUGUCUUGUGAUGUUUUACCAGCUGGAAAUAUUUCAGUCAGAGAAUCUGUAUUCUAAUAUACAUACUUCCAGAAUUUAUAAUGCCUUUUCUUCCGCCCUCUUGCUACCAGGAAUUUUACCAGGAAAAGGAGCAGUUAGAAUAAUAGAAUCUUAAUGUUUUAGAUUUCCCCCAUCCCCACCUUACAGGUGUCUCUUAAUGAUUCUUAUGCCAGAUUAAAACUAUGUUUUAUGCUAGGUAAUAGGUGUCUAAACAGAGAUCUAGAGCACAUACAGAAACACACUAAAUUCAUUCUCAGUACUUUUAGUUGAAAUAAAUUUGGAAUUUUCUGUGGCUAACGCAAUGCUUUGAGAUUCAGGUAGUUAUGACAAAGAGUAUAUUUUUAGAAGUAGCAAACAGACAAUAGCAAAUGUUUAGGUACUUAGUCUAGGUGCUUCUUGGAUAUAGUCUUAGUUAGAAUGUAUUGAGGCCAGCUGUUUUCCUGUUUUCAAAAGGAGCGCUGGGCACUCAGGUAUAUAUAAUCUAAUUUUAGAAGCAGGCAGAGUAGUUUUUGAUCACAGGAAGGCCAAGAAUCUAGAAACUGGCAGGCCAGAACUGAAUUUGAGAGGGCCGGAUCAAUGAAUCAAACUAGGAGUGACCAGGCACAAGAACUUUAACCAGAAAAGAGGACAAAGCAAUUUGGAGAGAAUUGAAGAGCGCUCGUUACGAAACUAGGCUUAGAACACUAGAGAAAUAUAAAUAAACGGCCUGAAGAUCCAGGCGACAUUAUCCAGAAAUUUCAUCUGUUCUUAGGCUGACCAUCUGAAUGCAGAGAUGGCAUUCCCUUAGGGUCGUAUUAGUUGGGGAGAGGAGUUGAAAGUAACAAAACCAGGAGGAGUUGGGAGGACGGGAUUCCUUUCUUUUCACUGCUCCCCACGCUUCCGCAUCCAUGGAUAACCAGAACAACUUCUGCCGCCUGUGCGGUGCGAUGCUCCGCGGGAACCAGCGGCGGUGGCUCUUCGGCCGCAGCAGCAGCAACUCGCGGCCUGACCUGCUGGUGGUGUUGUCAUUUGUCCUCAACCGAGAGCCGCCCCGGCGUGGCGACGGGCGGGGAGAAUUCCUGUGUGGAAAAUGUGCCCAGGCCUUGGCCCGGGUUUACCGGUUCGAUACAGUCAUUGCCCGGGUGCAAGCGCUCUCCAUCGAGCGCCUCCAGCGCCUGCUCUCAGAAAAAGACCAGCUGGCUCGCUCGCUGCGCCACAUCCACGCACGGCAGUUCCCAGACGACAACAUCUCUGCAUCCUACGUAGAUCCGGCGAUAUCCACCAGCAUCGCAGACCUGCCACACGUCCGGUACCAGCGGCUCUUGCAGGACGACAUGGCCCUCUCCGAAUACGAGUGUUGGGCCAAUGACGCCAGCAGCAGUAGCCCGGGGAUGCCGUGCCGGAACCGGCGGUGCCGCAGCUGCCACGGGCUCCGGGUGGCGGACUCGGAUUACGAGUGGGUGUGCCAGACGCCAAGGCAGCUGGGCACUUUCUCGCCAGUCCUUCCCCUCUGCCGGGACAAGUCCCAGAGCAUGCCCACUGUGCACCGCGUCAGCUCCCAGGUCUCCCUGCGGUCACAGAGCCUGGGGGAUGCCGAGUCCUGUUUGGGGCUGUCCCUGGACACAUCGCCAGAGCCAGACCUGGUCUGGGAGGCGCUGCAGGCCCUGAUGGGCAUCCGCCGGAAGCACCUGAGAGCACCUGCGGGCAGCAGGAUCCCAGUGUUGGCGGGAGGCCAGUGCACACCCACCCCCCGGAGGGAGAGCCCCUUGGGGCAGGAUGCCUUCGAAGACGUGGUGGAUGAGUUCGUGCCAGUGGAGUCCAAGCUCCAUGUUCAGCAGAGGCUCCAGCAGAGCCUCCAAGAGGCCUUUGACCACCUGAAGGAGCGUCUCGACGCAUCAGCAGAAGAACUCAGGAGCUUCCGGAAGAAGCAGGGAGAGGCUGCAGGCCAGGAGGCUGACAUUCUGCACGAGAAGCAUAAAGGGAGCCAGGAGCGCCUGAUCCAGCAGCUGAGCAGGUGUCUGCAGAGCAAGGAGGAGGUGUUGCAGGGCUGUUUGCUCAUCUUGCAGUCCCUGGAAUCUGCAAGGGUCGAGCCCGUCAUGCUGGAAAGCCAGAUAAGGCAAAUGGCCCAACGCCUGAAGGAGAGAGACCGGGCUUUCGAGAAGACCCUGUCCAGUCAGUUCUUGGCACUGGAGUCUCUGCACCGAGAACUGAGGCAACUUCGGGAGGCACUGAAGGACAAGGAUGCAGACCUAGCGAGACUCAACACUGUCGCCCGCACGGGAGAGGAGACCCUGCAUGCCUUGCGGGAAGUGCUGCACCAGAAGGACCGGGAGAUCCAGCGCCUGGAAUCACUCUCUUCCUUGACCCGGGAAUCUUGGCACCAGCACGAACAAGUCUUGCUCCUGUCCCUGAAGGAGAAAGAAACCUUGAUCAAAGCCCUCCAGGAGGCGCUGAGCAGUAGCACCCAGGACGUGCAGACCCUUGCGAAUUCCCUUGGCAGCCCAGACUUAGCCCCAAAACUGCUCCAGCAGAUCCAGGAGAAGGAAGCUUUGCUGGCCCAGUCCUUGGCUGAGCAGGAGCAGAUUCAAGCCCAGUGGCAAGAACGCCUGCAGGCAACUGAAGCCGCAGCCGCAGUCCGGGAACAGGUCCUGCAGGAACAGCUGCAUCAGUGUUCCCAGGACGCCCAGGAACGCUCUCGGGAGGCGGAAAAGCUGCGCAAGUGCGUGGCACAGGCUCAGGCGGAGCUUGCCGACGGGGCCACAGUGCUGGAGGAGUGUCGGGCAGAACUGGCCCAGCUCAGGGGGAUGGAGGAUAUGAAGAACCACGCCCUGGAGAAAGCUCUGCGAGAGGGACAGGAGAAGGACCGGAUCCUGAGGACGCUGCAGCAACACUUGCUGAGGAGGAUGAAGUGGAAGCCAGUUGAAAAGGGUGAGAUUUGUCUGCCUCUCACCUGACCUGAAGAGUACCAAAUGUCAAGAGGUGCUGGAGAAAACGAAAUGGCAAAGAAGCUGCGCAGGGAUAGCUUGAUUCUCCCUGUUUGUUUCCUGACGAUGGAGGCCAGUGGGGGGAUAUUGGGAAUGGUGGAGAGUAAGUUUCAUGAUGUGGAAGCCGUUUCUUAUGAAUGCACUGCCUGAAAUAAUGUAAUUAUUAAUCAUAAUUUCUUGCUCUAACGUGGCGUGAAGUCUGCACUGAUGUCGAUAGUGAUGGCAUACUCUUCUGGAUUUGACCGGAGCCCUGCUCUGCCCCAUCUCCCCCACCGUCGCAUCGCCCACCUACCUCUGCGUGGUUGCCACCACUGCUGCUGUGGUCCAGGUGCUCUCUAAAGGCAGCCUCUGCUGAAAGGGAUGAGCGGCGGUAUGGGGUGAAGGGGAUCCCCCAAAAUUACAUGAGUGAUGGGGCCUUCCAUGAGUGGCGCUCUUCCUGCGCAGAAGCUACCUUCUCUAAAAGGAAGAGGCAACUUAAAGCUUGCACAAUUGAGAUGGGAGCAGAGAUUUCCUGAAGAAACCAGACCCAUCAAUAAUGGAUGUCAUCAAUGAAAAUGGAACUAAAUGGGAUUGCUGGUCAUUUGAUCAAGGUCUGGAUGCCACAUUUUAUCCAGCUGAAGUUUCUGAAGGACUGUAGAGGCAGCUCUGUAGCAGCACACCUGAGUGCAAGAACCAGCAUGCAUCACACCAAGUGUGCGGGAUUGUGUGAACUCAUUUGUUUCAUUAGGGAUGUUUGGUGAAAAAUUUGAAUGCAGUACCAGUGAGUGCAGGAAUAAGGUGUGUUCUGGCAUUUGUCAGUAGGGAUGUGUGUGAAACGGUUUGUUGAUUUCAAAAUAGAGUGCUUGAAUGAGAGAAACCACAGUGCCAUUUAUUUAAAAUCAGCUUUAAUAAAUUUCUAACCUUCCAAUAAAAAAGCUUUCAAUUUUUGUACAGAAAGAAAAAAAAACUUAUAUACAGUACAUUUUAGCAGCUCACA